AUGGCGGAAAAGGCAAAUUUCGUCAAUGUCUCACCUUCGGAGCUGAAGUUCAGGUUCGAGCUGAAGAAGAACACGCCGGUGACGCUGACGCUGCAGAACCCCUCAGGGGACCGGGUUGCCUUCAAGGUGAAGACCACCAGCCCUAAGAAGUAUUGCGUCCGGCCAAGCAAUGGCUUCGUUGAGCCGAACAGCAGCAAGGACGUGCAGGUCAUCCUUCAGGCCCAGCGGGAGAUGCCUGCCAGCCUGGCAGACUGCAAGGACAAGUUCUUGAUUCAGUGUGUGAAGCUGCCUGGAUCUCUACCAGAGCAGAACGAGAUCAAGGAGAUCACCUCCGACCUCUUCGACACCAGCCGCGUGAAGGACAUCAGGCAAACAAAGCUGCGUGUGGUGCUGGUGGCGCCGCCUCGGCCCCCCUCCCCAGUGCCAGAGGGGAAUGAGGAGCCCAACUCCCCCCUGACCACCAAGGAUGCCCUGGCACACAACCUGGACAAAAAGCUGACCAAUGCCGCCACCGACAAGUCAGACAUCCGUCGCCGGCUGGCGGAGUUGGAAGGCAGCGUGGGCAGCCAGCAGCAGGUCGCGAGGAGCACGGGUGCCUAUGGCGUGACCCAGCUUGUGCUGGUCGCCUUGCUGGCGUUCGUGCUGGGCUACUUCAUGCAGGUGCAGGCGCCCGCGCUGCGGCACCUGCUGGGAAGGUAG